GUCGCCAAAAUGAGAGCCCUCGUGUUGAAUACCAAUGAUAAGUCUAUGUCUAUUCAGAAUAUACCUGAUCCAAAGCCGGGACCGAAACAGAUUCUUGUUCGUGUACGUGCUGUGGCACUGAACCACGUCGACUAUAUGAAUGCAGUCAAUCCUAUUGCUGCCCAAGAAGAGCGUGUGGUAGGAUCUGAUUUUGCAGGGGAGGUAGCUCAGGUCGGAAAAGAUCUGGCUAAUCUGGGUGACCCGCGAACCAAGAUUGGAGCGCGCGUAUCAGGAUUCUUGCAGGGAGCGAACUCAGUUAAUGACCGCACCGGUGCUUUUGCAGAGCUCCUUACAGUUGAGUAUGACCUUACCUGGAACAUACCUGACAGCAUCUCCUUCGAAAAUGCCGCUGGCGUAAGCUUAUGCGGUGUCACUGCUGCUCAGGGUGUUUUUCAGCGUUUGCAACUACCAAGCCCAUUCUGGGAGGGAGACGGUUUUCGUCCGUUCCAGCUUCACGAAGAAGAACAGGUAAAUGUGUUCAUCUAUGGUGCAACAUCAUCUGUCGGCUUGUAUGCGGCGCAGCUUGUUAGACUCUCCGAGAAGAUAUCUGGCAAGAAGAUUCGACUUAUUGGUGCAGCAAGGCCAUCGCAACAUGCACGUCUGUACGAUGCACCUUACUCGUAUGACCUCUUGGUUGAUUAUCGGGAUUCUCAUUGGCCGGAAAUGGUUCGCAAGGCAGCUGGAAACGAGGGUGUACAAUAUGCCAUAGACGCUAUCUCCCAGGGCUCAACAGUAGAGCAAACUGACAGCGUCAUCAGGCCCGGUGGCAAGUUUGCCAUUUUUCGGGCUCCCACCGCCGGCGGCUUUGACAUCACCAAGCUCAAGACGAAGCCUAUCUUUGGGGCAGUUUGGGAAGCUCUUGGCGUAGAAGUCGGAUAUCAUGGUGUAAACAUUCCUGCUAACGCGGAGGCACGAGCCUUCGCUGCUGCGUUUUACCAAUAUCUUGGCUCAGGAGUUGAGACCCAGCAAAUCCAAUUGCAUCCGAAUCCUGUUCGUGUAAUGCCGGGUGGCCUUGAACAAAUCCCUAAGGAUGGAUUUGCUCUUCUCAGUGGGAGUUUCAAACCACAAAGACAAGGCCUAGAUGAAAGAGUUAGUGAUCUUAGGCCUAUCACAGGAGAAAAGAUUGUCUACGUGGUUGCUUGAAUGGACA